AUGGUGGUCCACCCAAGCACUGAGCGCUCUAACGACUGGCUCAAGCCUGUCGACGACGACGAAGAUGAAGGUUUCCUCGCCGUGGCCGAGGAUGCUGAGGCCACAGGAUGUCUCGUCCAAGGAAACAGAUCGACCCUCAAUUUGACGACAACUGAGUUGCCCGUAUACAUGACUAUUCACCGAGUCCGUCGAUUAGUUCUUGCAAGUAUUGAUGAUCCUUAUACUAUGGAGCACUUCAGAGAUCCCAAGAUGAACGCUCUGGUUGUAAGACCUCUAGUUGAAAGACUUUACAACCCAGAUGACAUCUCAGUUGUCUACUGUCUGUUGGCAAAUCGUGUCUCUUUUCUGAGGGACCAAUCCACUGAAGUUCACCAGAGUGUCAACCAAGCACGCGCAAUUCUUUGUGAGCUGCUCGCCAGUCGAGUCCUCCGCCGGUUCCACGAGGACAACCCAGGACCACAAGGUCUCUUGCUCCUUGCCCAUAUCCUUGUUGAGGGUUUCGACCCGUUCCAAGGCGCACCCAGUCAUAUGGAGCGUCCAGCUAACCGACCACAAUGGCCCGGAGCUUCUCAGGACAGCCCUGGCUCGGAGAGAAAGCUCACAGCGCUGGAAUUGGCCAUUGUUUCUGAGAGCAAGUUCUUCAUCAGCUCCGCUGCCUGUCAACGAGCUGUCGACGCAGUUCACAAUGGACAAAUUAUUUAUACGCCGCUUUCGUUCAUGGAUUUCCUGCCGGACCACUACAAGCGACGCCCCGUCUCCCUUUACGACCCUCGGACGGCGCCUCUUCUCAACCACCACCGUCUUAUCGUCCCCCGUAAUCGAAAUCUCAUCGAGCUUGUUCACUUCGUCAUUCUUCUAGGUCUUUACAUCAUGACCAUGGUCUCGCGUCAUUCCCAAGUGAACAUGUGGGAAUAUGCCUUCUGUAUAUACACAUUUGGCUGGCUUCUUGAGAAGAUGGCUGCUAUUAUCGAACACGGCUGGGCUGUUCACGCACAGAAUCUGUGGGCAUUUCUCGACAUCACAUUCGCUUCCAUCUUUGGCGCCUAUCUUAUCCUCCGAAUCUACGACUUUCUGCUCGACCAGCUUCAUUCCGGUUACGGCCUACCGGUUCUAUGUAUCGCAGCACCUGUCAUGAUGACUCGAGUUGCUUUCAACAUAUUGCCCAACAAUCUUGUCUUCAUAUCUGUCCACGCAAUGAUGAAGGACUUUACAGUACUAACGUUUCUUGCCACUUGGUGCUUCACUGGCUUUCUACUUGCCUUGCAAUGGCUCGUGAGUGCUAGCAAUGAUGACAACGAAGAGUUCAGUUGGUAUGUCGUGGGCAAGUGGAUGCUCUGGAUUUGGUUUGGCCUAGACGGUGAAGGAAUUGAGGAGUCGGUGCGCUUUCACAUCAUCCUUGGUCCUGCGCUCAUGAUCGCCUUCGCGUUCCUUGGCAACACGCUCUUCUUGACCAUUCUCAUUGCAAUGCUCACCAACACCUUCUCCAAGAUUGUUGCCGACGAAACCGCUGAGAUUCAGUUCCGACGUGCUGUUUUGACUUUCGAGGGUGUCAAGAGCGACUCCAUCUUCUCCUAUCCUCCACCUUUCAACAUUCUCGCUCUCAUGACACUUUUGCCCCUCAAGCUUAUCACGUCAGCUCGGGUUUUCCACAUUGUCAACGUGGCUCUAAUCCGAACUCUCAACAUGCCCACUCUUCUUCUUAUUAGCUUUGUGGAGCGACGUCGUCUCUGGAUGCAGUCCAGACGCGCUGCCGGAAAGAGAUCCAAGUGGCAGUUCUCUUCCUUGUCGCCUCACAACGAUGUUCAAGCCGUCUUCAAGUCGGUUCCUCCCACCGAGAUAUCUGACAUAAUCGACCAGCUCGAUCCAUUGGGAGAUGUCCCAAUCCUAGAGGACGAUCUUAUGCCCACAAUGGCGGGCGACAACCCCCAGUCCAAGCUCAGAAGAUGGAGAAUGUUGCAGCGCGAGGGGCAUCGGCGAACAGAGAACAAUGAUGCGUGGAGCAGCUCAGCCAGCUUGAAAGAUGAAUAG